GCGAACGAUCAUACAUUCGUCCAUAUGCCACGGCCUCGUGACGCGAACAAUUCUUUGCGCGAUACGUGAUGGUGCGUUUCACGAGUUUCGUCGUCCUGACCCUUGGAUUCCUGCAUUGCGCGAAGGCGGGGGGGCUGGAGGUGGCGUUUCAAUGGAAAUAUUUGGACUGGUUGUGGCCGAACGUCCAUCUGACGGGAAAAAACCAAACGUUGGGUAACGCCUUCACUCAGGAUGUGGAUAUCGAUAAAUAUGGCCGUGUGUUCGUAACCAGCCCUCAAUGGUUGGAAGGUGUUCCGAUUAGCCUGUCGUUGGUGACGAAAGUUUCUGGUAUCGGUGGUCCCUUGCUGGUCCCGUAUCCUGAUUGGACCUGGCACAUACCUUACAAUUGUGACAGCAUAAUAUCUGUGUAUAGGCUGGCGAUAGACGAAUGCAACCGUUUAUGGGUUGUGGAUACCGGCCGUGUCCAAGGGAAUGCCGUUUGCCCCACGAAAAUAUUGAUCUUCGAUCUCGCCACCGAUCAUUUGCUCCAUAAAUACGUGGUUCCGGAUGAUCAAGUGUUGUUCGGGAAGGCAGCAUUGGUUACGCCAAUCGUCGACGUCGGAAAAACGUGUCUCGAUACUUAUCUAUACGUGGCGGAUGUGGAUCAAAAUGGCCUGCUGAUUUAUGACUUGCAUCACGAUUAUUCGUGGCGAGUAAACAACACGCGUGGCAAUGCUUUCGGCCCGGACGAGGAUGCCAUGAACAUCACGAUUGCCGGUGAAUCGUUCGAUUUAACCGACGGUACUCUUGGAAUGUCAUUGUCGCCGUAUGGAUAUUUCGACGAAAGGUACCUUUAUUUCAAUUCGUUGGCCAGUUAUCGGCAAAAGUUCACGGAUACGUACUCUUUGAAGCAAAGUAAAUACAAGGAGCCAACAGUGUUGGAAUCGAAUUAUAAGAGGGCAAGCCAGGCGGGCGUUCAAGCAACGUCGCGAAGAGGCGUGAUAUUUUUCCAAUUAGUCCAAUUAACGGCGAUCGCCUGUUGGAACAUAGAGAAAUCAUUUACACCUGAGAACGUGGUGAUAAUCGCGCAAGACGAGAAAACGUUGCAAUACGUGAGUGGCAUCAAAGUAAUAACGAAUAAUCAGGGCGAGGAAGAAUUGUGGUUCAACACGAACAGGUUACAAAAGACGAUAAAUAUGACCCUGAAACCUACCGAGACCAACUUCCGUAUAAUCAGAGGGAAGGUCGACGAUAUCAUCAGAGGGACGAAUUGCGAACCUUCUGGCGCAAAGCACAGAUUUCCGGAUACCAACUUCUGGCACCGAAUAUGAAUCGGAUAAAUUGCAUUAUCCUAAUCAAAUUUACGUCAGCAUUUUUUUCCCGUAUAUCUUACAUAUUGCGAAUCGUACUUGCGCUAAAAAGAAAAA